GCUGACUGCCUGUUUGUAGUUGAUCAUUCUAGUAGCAGACGGCACGUGGUUGCUGCGAGCUGUGCAAUCGUGAUAAAGUGCCGGACAGUGCGACAAUGUUUUGACUGGCGGUGUUGCUUUCUGCCUGUUGUCACCGAGCUUCCACAUUAUUUGUUCCACACGCUCAUGAACUAUGGUCCCACUUGGGUCUCUUCGAAAGGCUAGCGCUGCUUUUACUCGCCUCUGUCACUGCAAAGAUAUUGUCAGAGCUUGUUCAAGCGAUGGUGGUGGUAAGAAAUCCAAGUUCGUAGUAGAGGAGGAUCCUCCUGAACGCAGAGCAUUUAAAAUUUUGCGGGAUGAGUUCAGAGGUUAUUUGAAACCGAAGAGCUCUGAAGUACAAGAGCCGCUUUUCCCCAAGGAAGUGGAUAUUCUCGUUGUUGGUGGAGGCAUCAUGGGAUCAUCUAUUGCCUACUGGCUCAAGCAGAGAGCGCCCGAGAGUUUCACCCUGGGCGUGCUAGAGCGUGAUUUGACGUAUGCCCGAUCGUCAACAGUGCUGUCGAUUGGAGGAAUAAGGCAGCAGUUUUCGUUGCCAGAAAACGUCCAGCUCUCCAUGUUCAGCGCCGAGUUUCUUAGAAACGUCAAGCAGAACCUUAGUGUUUUGGAUUUCGACCCACCUGAUAUACAGUUUCAGCCACACGGCUACCUGUUUCUUGCCUCCGAGAAAGGAGCGGACCAAAUGGUGAAAAACCUAGGAAUGCAAGAGGAACUGGGUGCCAAGAUUGAGCUGCUGAGGCCUGAUGAACUCCGGAAACAGUUUCCAUGGAUAAAUACUGAUGGUAUCGCACUAGCAUCACAUGGUCUAGAGAAUGAAGGCUGGUUUGAUCCAUAUGCUCUUCUCACUGCCUUGCGACGAAAAUCAGUCUCUCUUGGAGCACGGUAUCUUAAUGCGGAACUUGUAGAUUUUGAGUUUCAAAGUAUCAAUCCACAACGAGGACCUGGAAUAUCGUAUGAACCUGUAAACCAUGCUGUGGUGAGGACACCAGAUGGAGUGAUACGCAGGAUUACCUUUGCCAUUUUGGUGGUGGCGGCCGGUCCACACUCUGGCGAAGUUGCCAAGUUGUUGCGUGUUGGUACUGGACAGGGACUCUUGGAGGUCCCUCUGCCAGUUGAACCCAGGAAGCGCUAUGUGUACGUUGUGCAGUGCCCAGAUGGUCCUGGGCUCAACUUUCCACUGGUGGUAUCACCUGAUGGAGUGUACUGUCGCCGCGAGGGCCUUGGGGGCCACUAUGUUUGUGGCAAGUCACCUGCUCCUGAUGAAGAACCAGAUGUUGGGGACCUGGACGUGGAUUAUUCAUUCUUUGACAAGGCAAUAUGGCCAACACUUGCUCAAAGAAUUCCAGCUUUCAAGUCCCUGAAGGUGAAAAGUGCCUGGGCUGGAUUCUACGACUACAACACAUUAGACCAGAAUGGUUGUGUGGGACGGCACCCUUGCUAUAGCAACGUUUACUUUGCAACUGGAUUCAGUGGCCAUGGCAUCCAGAUGGCACCUGGGGUUGGUAGGGCUAUCAUGGAGCUUAUAAUUGACGGAAAAUUUGUCAGCAUUGACUUAAAACGUUUUGGCUUGGAGAGAUUCAUAUAUCAAGAGCCAAUUAAAGAGGCCAUUAUUGUAUAGUGAAAGUGCUAGGCUCUUCAAAGGCUACACUCUAACGUAUUAUAUAUUAUGGAACUAGCACAGUAGAAGUGCUGUCUGUUCAUUUGAAAUUCCAUAUGAAAUAUUUGCCUGCUUUGGUAGUACAGUCACACAACCCAUGUUUUAUUUGUGUACUGCUAAAGACAUAUGUGAACACUGCGAAAAAGUUGCAUUAACUCUUAGAAAGUAGAAGCUCAAAAAUAAAGACAACCAUCCUGGCAUAUAUGCCAGUAGUUGACAUACAAAAUGUUCUUGAUCUCAAAGCUGGCGUGUCAUGUGUUAGGUUACGGUACUGAAGUGCUAUGCACCUAUUUUAAAUACAAGACAGAGGACUUUCCUGCAGCAGUAGAAGUAGUAUAGUCAAAUAGUUUACCCCACUCCUUUUAUAUUUCUGGGCUGCUGUAGGGGGUAAAGCCAAAUGUCAUGUACAUUGUACAGAGCUUUAAGGAAAUGCUUUGAACUUCAAAAAAUAAAGUGCGACACUUUUCA